AGAGGGAGAAGCAGGCUCCAUGCAAGGAGCCCGACGAAGGACUCCAUCCCAGGACUCCAGGAUCACGCCCUGGGCUGAAGGCGGCGCUAAACCGCUGAGCCACUUGGGCUGCCCUGGUCACAACCCUUUGACUGCUUACAUUGGGGACGUUACACAUGGGUUGGAGCCGGCCUGGAUCAUUUGUUGGCAGUACAUAUUGGCUGAAGUCAGUUUUCAUUUCAAGAUGUUUUCUUCCAAUGGGCUUUUGGUUUAGGAUGUUGGAAAACCAAGAGCAGGAGGAAUACCUUGGGGGUUCUGAUGAGCUCAACGGCAGAAGAAGGAUAUCCAUAGUAAAGCCAUUCCUGGGAAAUGAGGAGGUGAUCACCGUGCGUGUUCAGGACCCCCGAGUGCAGAAUGAGGGCUCCUGGAAUUCUUAUGUGGAUUAUAAGAUCUUUCUCCACACCAACAGCAAAGCCUUUACUGCCAAGACAUCUUGUGUGCGUCGCCGAUAUCGUGAGUUCGUGUGGCUGAGAAAGCAGCUGCAGAGAAAUGCUGGUUUAGUGCCUGUACCUGAACUUCCUGGGAAGUCUACCUUCUUUGGCAGCUCGGAUGAGUUCAUUGAGAAGCGGAGACAAGGUCUGCAGCAUUUCCUGGAAAAGGUACUGCAGAGUGUGGUCCUCCUAUCGGACAGCCAGUUACACCUCUUCCUGCAAAGCCAGCUCUCCGUGCCUGAGAUCGAAGCCUGCGUCCAGGGCCGAAGUCCCAUGACCGUCUCCGAUGCCAUCCUUCACUACGCUAUGUCAAACUGUGGCUGGGUCCAGGAAGAGAGGCAGGGCUCUUCUCAUCUGGCUAAGGGGGACCAGCCCAAGAGUUGCUGCUUCCUUCCAAGAUCGGGCAGGAGGAGCUCCCCCUCACCACCUCCCAGGGAAGAGAAGGACCAUUUUGAGACACAGUUAACGCGAGUGCGAGGUACAGACCACAGGAAGAGGAACCGGGCUGAUUGGCAGAAGCCCUCCCCCAAGCACCUCCCGCGCCGGCCGGCUGUUUGAACCGAAGGAACUCUCCAAUGUGCUGACGCCAGGGGCUGCCUCAUCUCAGAGAUUCAGCACAGAAGGAAAAACCACCAAAUAGGCAGCCAAAGGGAGUCUGAGAAGCCAACCAGAAGCAGGCAGGCCUGGGUUCCAGAGAUGAUUCUGCCCUGAAAGAUCAUCUAAGUCCCCUCCUCUGUCUGGGGUUUUGUUCCUCUCUGGCUUUCCUUUUCUACUUUGUCUGGAGGUGGCAAGAAUGCCUGGAACCAGCAUUUUUGAGAACACUACAUAAAGAAAUUGGACACUAUCACACACUGCUGGGAACCGAAUAUGAAGUUUAUUUACGCUUUUCAAAUCAGCCGACACAGCUCACAACUUCCUCCUCCGAAGGUUUCCUUGUCUCUCACCUUCUCUGUGAAAAGCCUGUGGAGAAAGCAGAAGUGGAUGUGAGACACGUUUAAAGGUGGGAUGAAAAAACAAAGGUGGGAUGAGCUAUGACCUGCUGACUGCCUUUCCCACUUGUCUUACUGGCGCGUUUCAGUUACUACAAGCUGUCAGAGGCUUGGGUCUCUUCAGUAAGAAGAGUCCCUGGUGUUGGUGGGGUGGCUGGCGUAGGGAAUAGGAACUCCUGGCCAGAGACUAGGCUAUGUCUCCUGAAGGAGGGAAAAUAUAUAGGUUUGCUCUUAUGAUUCAAUAAAAGAUGGUAUAAAAGGGUGCAAAUUAAAGAGUGUCUCCCUCCCACCCUCACAGUCAUGCAACCACUUCUAUUGUCUCUGCCCUUCCAGAGAUACCAUCUACACACAGAAACAACUGGAGACUCCCCCUAUACCCACUCCUGUAAAGUCUACACCCAACAUGGGGCUUGAACUCAUGACCCUGAAAUGAAGAGUUGCAUGCUCUAUGGACUGAGCCAGCCAGGUGCCCCUGGAGACUCCCUUUUCACACAAAUGGAACAAAUUAGGCCUACCCUUCUUUGCUGCCUUUUUAUUUUUUCUUACCAACAUCAGUGCAGAGAGCUUCCUUUAAUUUUUUACUGUUACAUAGUAUUUAAUUCUAUGAACAUACUAUAGUUAUUUGGCUAGGUCUUUACUGAACAUUUAGGUCAUUUCUAGUGGUUUGCUAUUAUAAAGUAACCUUGUGUGUAUAUCCUUUUCUUUUAAACUUUUAUUUUUGGGAGAUGCCUAGGUGGCUCAGCAAUUGAGUGUUUG